CUGAAUAUGGAAGCAAUGAACAGAGGCUCCUCCUCAACCACGUCAUCAUCCGACUCUUCCUCUUCAGAGUCGAACCCAACGAAUCUCAACAAACCCGACAGAAUCAAAGGCCCGUGGAGUGCCGAAGAGGAUCGGAUUCUGACCCGACUAGUCGAGCGAUACGGGCCCCGAAACUGGUCCUUGAUCAGCCGUUACAUAAAGGGGAGGUCUGGCAAGUCAUGCAGGCUUCGGUGGUGUAACCAGCUGAGCCCAACCGUGGAGCACCGUCCCUUCUCGGCCCAAGAGGACGAGACCAUCAUAGCUGCUCACGCCCAGUACGGUAACAGGUGGGCCACCAUUGCCCGAUUAUUACCGGGUCGAACCGACAAUGCUAUAAAGAACCACUGGAAUUCCACCCUCAAGCGCCGAGCCGGUGGUGUUAGUGUUAGUGUUAGUGUUACUACAAACGAAGGAGAGGGACCCAUGGCCACUUCUUCAGGUCCGUUGGAGGAUGACCCGUUGACCGCGUUGACUCUGGCUCCUCCGGGGAUUAGCAAUGGUUCUGUAACUGAGGCUGAGGCUGAACACCGACAGAAUGUGCCGUCGGGGUUUUGGGAUAUCAUGAGAGAUGUGAUUGCCAGGGAAGUGAGGGAAUAUGUGUCUUCUAAUUUUUCUGAUAACUCGGGUUUUCAUUGA